GUAUUUACAGCACCAGCAGAGGAGAAAAGCGUGACGCCGUGAGGAUAAACAGUGUCCCCCAGCAGGAUGACAGCGACAGAAGUAGAAGAGUUCCUGAGAAAUCCUCCGGACGGUUUCUCCGUGGAGGUCCUCGGCUCGGGUUACAGAGUCCACAGCGAUCCGGAGAAGAGCCUGGUGUUCAUCGAUGCCAUCAACUCCUCCAGAGGGAAAAUUGUUUUCCAGAACUCGCUGGGAAGGAAAUUUAAAAUGCACGAUCUAUGGGAGUACACCAGCAUGAGAAAGAGUCUGCUGUCCAAGAGGAUCUAUCUGUUGGGGUCUGUCUGCGAAGACAAGACAAGAAAAAGGAAAAAGAUUUCAGCGUCCAAGAAAAAGGCAGCCAAGCAAGCCAGAGUGCUGCAGCAGUAUGUGCUGUCCAUCGAUGGCAACAACCCCUUCAUCAAGUGGCAGAUGGAAAAAGGCCUGGACUGGACCAUCGCCUCUGUUGCUGGGGAAAGCUACAGGGUUGAUAUUGACUUGAGUGAACUGCUGGAGAGCUGGGCAGCGGAAAACGUUACUGACAAACCAAUAAAAGUCAAGCCUGUGUGGAGAGAUGCCUCCUUCACCCUCAAAUACUAUUCUGAUGCCUUCUUUGACUUCCCACACCAGUUUGGCUUCAGUAAAAGAACAUUUAAGUUGAGGCCGAUAUGAGCCAGCAGCAAGGAUGGAGGACGUUUGUGAUGUAGUCUGCUUCCUCAAGAAAGUUUCUUGAUCAACAGAUGAAAGGUUGUAAUACCAACCUGCCAGGUGAAGGACCGGCCUACCUCUUUGGGACUGCAGGAACAACCUUGUAAUUGCCUUUGGGUCCUGAAAUGUUGAGUGGGUGGAAACACUGACAAGGAAAUUCAGAAUGCCAAGUUGAUUGUUUAGGCCAAUUCUGUAUCUAGGUUUUUCUAAGGGUGUUGUUUUGCCAUUUACCUCACUUGAUUUGCAACUGUUGUAUGAGGGGUUAAAGGGAUCAAGACUUUUGUUCAUGAAAAUUUAUUUUUUACCAAACCCAAAUACAAUAAAUGCUCUUUUACAAAACACA